AAGCUCAAAGAAAUCAUUUUUCUUUUGGCCUUUCAAGGAAAAAAAUGAGAAGAAGAUGAUGCUUCUUGAUUCAUUCAUCCCGGAAAAGUCACAGUUUUGAAUAACAGCAGCAGUACCAGGGAAUUUUUAAUGCAAAUGGAGGCCGUUUGUUGUUGAUUUGGUCACCGCUCCAACCCUUCAUCUCUCUCUCUCUCUCUCCUCGUCUUUCGUGCUGAUUUACAAAAAAGAAGCACCAUUGUUGCCGUUAUUGACUCGCUUAUUUCCUCCCCUUGUUCACUAUUGAAACCCCGGAGCAUGAAAACCCUUUGCUCUUUCUUUAUGAUUUCCCAUUGCUUUCUUCUGUAAACCCAAACUUUCCUCGUUGAUUUCACUUAAAGGGUCUGUUUUUUUAGCUUUUGUCACUGAAUGCAGCAGCUCUUGGCCACCCUGAUAACAAUCCGUAUAGCAGAUCAUGUCGUUUUUACCAGCACGAAAGGGGAGACACAGACAACGGUACGAGGGUCAUCUGAGACUUGUUGCUGGGUGCGUUCCAUACAGAUUGCAGAAGGAUAUCGAGGAUAGUAAUGGCAGUGUGACUAGUAGGAUAACUGUUCUAAUGAUAUCAACGCCGAAUCGUGAUGAUCUUGUCUUCCCUAAGGGUGGAUGGGAAGACGAUGAGACGGUUCACGAAGCAGCGUGUCGCGAGGCCCUGGAGGAAGCCGGAGUCAAAGGAAUACUCGAUGAGGAUCCACUGGGAGUCUGGGAAUUUAGAAGCAAGAGUAGACAAAACUGCUGCAACAUGGAAGGUGGUUGCCGAGGUUACAUGUUUGCCUUGGAGGUCACCGAGGAACUCGACUCGUGGGCAGAGCAAACCAGUUACGAGAGGAAAUGGCUUUCCCCGGACGAAGCAUAUAAAUGUUGCCGGUAUGAUUGGAUGAGAGACGCUCUUCGAGUAUUUCUAAGAGCCAUCGAGGAUGACCGGACGAGCGGGAGGGCAGAAAGGCUGGAGGAGCUCCCUAUAUUUUCGGCCGCCAAUGCCAUGACGGAGCAUCAGAUGUUAACAUCAGCCGGUUACUCUGCAAAACCGCCGGCCGUACAGCAUCUUGAAGAGUCUUUCACUAAUAAUAACUGUAUUGUGCAGGGUUAACGAGCCUGGACAUAUGUUAUCAGUUAGAUGUUUGCCAUCAUUAACUGUUAAAUACCGUGUUAAUAUCAAAAGU